GGUCGGGCGCCGGCAGGUGGGCGCUCGCGGGACCCCCCCACCCUGGAGCCGGCACGCGGGCUGGAGAGGGGGGCACGGGAGCCCCACACUGCGCCGCACGCUGCCGGUUUCGAUUGUCACUACAGGAAAUUUAAUUAAACCGGGAGCCAUAAAUCCGUGAACCUCCGGGGUCAAAUUAUAAGCAAUUAAGAUGCUCUGGUUUCAAGGAAAUAGCAUGCAACUUGCCAAACACUCCUUUCAUCGGCUCUUGAGAAAUCUAUCUGCCUCUAAGACUGCUCUGCCUGUGCUAACCUUAUUCACAAAGGAUCCCUGCCCCCUUUGUGAUGAAGCCAAGGAAGUACUGGAGCCUUAUAAAAACAGGUUUAUUUUACAGGAGGUGGACAUCACACUUCCAGAAAACUCAGCUUGGUAUGACAGGUAUAAAUUUGACAUCCCCGUCUUUCAUUUGAACGGCCAGUUUCUGAUGAUGCAUCGAGUAGACGUCUCAAAACUUGAAAAACAGCUCCAGAAACUUGAGCAGCAAGGUGCGGGAGGCUCAUGAACGCCUUCAUGAUUUUCCACCCUCUCUGUCCGGAACUCAUUUUCCUGAGGAAAUGACUGUGGCCUCAUGCUCCUUUUGUCACUUUCACACAGCUCUAAGGAUGUUCUGAACUCACUGGUGCCAAAUAAAUGGUAAUAUUCCUCUUGUGAUUAAUGGAAGUACCAAUGUGGGAACUGUUUACCUGUUGGCAUUUUAUAAAAUAAGAGGAGUGUACUGGGAGGGAGGGGAUGAUGAAAGGUGGGAGAAAUCUACUUGUUUUAUUUAUUUUUCUCUUUUGUAUUAAUAUGGAAGCAUUUCACAUUCACUGGACAGAGCCGUUUAUAGGAAGAAUGCUCUGUGUCCCUGUUGCUGCCCUAAGGGCUUAACUUUUUAAUGAAAGAAUAAAUGUUCUUCCACUUGGUAGAUAAAGUGAAAUGUGAAUUGUUAAUAACUGUGCACAGUCAAUAAAAGGAUGUUUUAA